AUGCAACGUCCCACCAUAACCAUACUACGCAUCCGUUCCCCGGCGGAUGCGCAUGUCAUUUUCCAUGCUGUUUCUCUCAAUCUCCUGCCAAUCGUCUCUCGUCGACUUGAUACAGAGGAACGUCGAUCCAUAUCGUCGGGCUGUGUGUUCGUGUGGGAAGAGCGUGGAUCCAACGCUGAAGCUACUGGUCUAGGUAUUGAACGGUGGACAGACUCGAUUCGUUGGGGCCCCAGUCGAGUCAAAGACGACUUCCUUUAUUACCACGAGAAAGAGCCUGAACCAACCGAGCUCGAACUCUUGAAUGGAACAAGGUCUCACCCAGUCGGCCGAGGCUGCUUCAGGGAAAACCUGAUAAAACAGACUUACUCUGUGUUCGUCGAAACACCCAGAGGACGACGUAAAUGGCACCUCAUUGCCUAUUUCACACAUGAUUCCCUCGAAUAUCUUCGGACUAUCGAUGACAUCCCGACCUUGGCGAACCUCCACGUCCCUCCAGGGAAAUACAAAACUGCACGGUCCAUCAAACGGAAAAACGAUUCUGGACGGGACAUGAUGCCGUAUCCUUCAUCCCACUUAUUGCCACCACGAUAUCCGUCCUACACAUCCUCUACGACUCUAUCCGGGAACAGAAGCGGUCGGCGUUCACGUUCACAAUCGACAUCCAGUCAUGGUUCGGAUGUCCUUGCACCCCUCGAAUACCUAGCGAACAUUGCUCCGCCAAGGAGACAUCCGUUGGACGAAGAGGCUUUGAUGGCCUUCUCUCCAACAAUGUAUCAGUGA